AGCCACACUCCCAUACGGUAGAGGUGGUAUGUCUUCAAACUUGCAAGAGAGAAAUUCGGACACAAAGGGAAGACGAAGCUGGAAUGCCUUCUCCAGAAUGGACCAAGAGAAAAAAGCAGACUUUGAAAAUUGGACAUGGAGGGACUCUAGACAGCGCAGCCCGAGGAGUUCUGGUGGUUGGAAUUGGAAGGGGGACAAAAAUGCUGACCAGUAUGUUGUCCGGGUCCAAGAGGUAUAUUGCCAUUGGAGAGCUGGGGAAAGCUACCGACACACUGGAUUCUACAGGGAAAGUAACAGAAGAAAAACCUUACGAUAAAAUAACACAAGAAGAUAUUGAAGGCAUUUUACAGAAAUUUACUGGGAAUAUAAUGCAGGUACCUCCCCUCUACUCCGCUUUAAAGAGAGACGGCCAGAGGCUUUCCACCCUGAUGAAGAAAGGUGAGGCGGUGGAAGCGAAGCCCGCCAGGCCCGUGACCGUGUACAGCCUCUCCCUGCAGAAAUUCCAGCCGCCGUUUUUCACGUUAGAUGUUGAGUGUGGAGGAGGCUUUUAUAUCCGAAGCUUGGUCAGUGACAUUGGCAAAGAGCUCUCUUCCUGUGCCAAUGUACUAGAACUGACCCGAACCAAACAGGGGCCUUUUACGCUGGAAGAGCACGCCCUUCCUGAAGACAAAUGGACCAUUGAUGACAUUGCACAAUCUCUGGAGCAUUGCUCAUCCCUUCUCCCAGCAGGGUUGGCACUUAAAAAACCAAAGCCCGAGGGGCCUCAUGAACACGCUUUGAGCUGCGAAUAUAUGACUCUAAAUGAGACGACGGGAGAAGGUGAUGUGAUUAAGACAUGUUAAGACUGGCGUGGGUCGUCAUUUCGUGGUUGACAUUUGAAUCCUGUGUACACGGUGACAAGCUAUGUGCAAAGGACAAACACGACUCUUCCUUUUUCUUUUCUUUUUUUGGCAUGAAGAAAGAUGUCCAACGUUUACAGUUCCUGUAGUGUACAGUUUAUCUACUAUCCAUUAAAAGUAGCCUUGCAGUUGUUCAGUUCUUGGCUGUACCAUGGAAUGUUCUUCUAGGAUAUUAUUAUGCUGUUAGACUGGAUUCAGGAAAAUCAACUUUCUGAUUUUGAUCUUGCUUCAAAGUCUUUUCCCGUGAAAAAGCUGAGCACACUUUCUAAUCAAAGGAAAAAGACAUGUGAGCUACAUGUUUCUUUGGUGUCACAAAAGUUAGUGAAUUAAUGUUACUUUGACUUUAUUUUGGCGCUCUGGUGGCUCUAUUGUAUUGAAAUUCUUCAACUGUGUUUGAAAAGACCGUUAUUUAACUCCUUUUUUAUGUUUUGGAGAGUUUGCGAUUACUAGCAUUUCUUUGAUAAGGCUGUAUUUAUUUGGUAAUAGCUGUGUUUGUUUAGAUCUCAGACACUACUGAACUUUUAUAAUAAAUAUUUGUAAUUAAACCAAAUUAUUGCUGCUACCACUAAAGGGAUGUAAAUACAAGACUGAAUGUUUAACUUCACCUCUCUUCUACCGUUAGUGCAAAGGACAGCCCAAUGGCUUAUAUUUUGGCAGCUAUGAGAUCUUUUCCUGAUAUUUUGAACACAGUUGACCACUCUGUACCACAUUACUAAAUAACAGUUUUUAAAAAGUAAGCUAAAGAAUGUAUCUUCAAUUAAAAAUUUCUUUAUUCUUUAGUAUUUUAUACCUUUUUAAGGACAUUGUUUUUUUAGUUUGCUUGAUAGCCCCCCUGCAUUUCCAGGUCAUCUCUUCUGCUCUGAGUAUAUAAAUAGUUGUUCUCAAACAUUUUCAUUCAAAUAGCCUACUGAAAGUUUUCUCUCCCUUGUUAAGGUAAUUUUGAAAGCAUAGUCCCAUUACAAACUAGCAGAUUUCCUAUGUAAUGAGUGUUUCAUAUUUUUGUUACGGGAAAGCAACAUAUUAUGCAACCAGUCUGUAGAAAUGGUUCAGUCCUUCUUCAUUUAUUCAGUAAACAUGGUUCCAAAAGGAAAAAUUAUUAAAGUUUUCAUAACAUAAGAGUUUAUUUUUAUUUUUAUGGAUUGCAUUUCUUUUAAGGUGGUUGCCUACUUGCAACCCCUAACUUGAAAAAUUUCUACAUGAACUAUCAUGAAUUUAUUUAUGGUUAACCUAUUAGAAACUCAAUAUAAAAUGUUAUGUGCUUCUGUAGAGCAUUUUCGUCACAUUGGCAACAUAUGUUCAAUGAAAAUAUAAAAAGUAAUUCUUAGUAUGACACAGAAUUACCACUUUACUCAUCCAGAUCCAGUGCCUGUAGGUUGUCAGCCAGAAGCGGCGGCGGCUGCCUGUCUGCCGGGAUGGCGCAGGCUAGGGUACGUGUCCGCACCCUGCCAGCCAAGGUCCCGGUAGAGGAACACGCCUGGGGCACUUCUGCUCUGCGUCUCAACUUAAAAACUGACGUGUAAUUUACUAACGGAGAAGACUUCGGAUUAUUUGAAUAGACAAGUGACUUUAAAUUAACCAGUCUUUUUCUUUUAUAUUGAAAAUGUUGAAGAACAUUUUGCCAAAUGGAAAAACUACCCACGAUCCUCACCAUCACAUCCCAGAGCAGUGACUUCAGAACUUUAGUUUUGUGUUAAUAUCUCCCCUUUUGUUCACAUCAUUACAAUCUUACAACACCCGUCCUUUUUAACGGGCUGUUUUUUCAUUUCAUGUUAUCUGACGCAGUGAGAGUUAUCAUUGUUACUUUAAUCAUGUUCAUUAUUUAGUUUAUUUAAGUUAUUUCCAUAUUACUGAACGCCUAAGUUAUUUUCAGUUAUAUUAGGAUAAAUUCCUGGGAGUGGGAUUUUUAAGCGGAAUAAUACGAUCAGUUUUAUGGUUCUUAAUAUGUUUGCCUUAUUGCUUUCCCAAAGAGAUGUAACAUUUUAGUGUUGCCAUUUCAGUAUUAUCAGUUCACUGAAAGUUUACAGCUUUGGGUGGGGGUUUAAUAACUUGUUGCUAAUUUAAUAAGUAUAAGAGAGACUUUUAAAUUGGUCUAAUUUGCUUUUGUGUGACUUUUCCCUGUACUUUGUUCAUUUAUAUGAAUAAAUGUCUUAUGGGUUCUUUAUA